ACGAGUGGCGGUGCCGGGCGGCGGUGAGCGCGGCUGUCACGGUGCCCCAGCAUCCCCGGGCUUCCCAGAGCCGAUCCUCCCCUUCCCCCGACCCGCCCGCCGGCGGCCCCAACCCCGCGCCCCCCUCGCCGAACCUCGCGCGCCCGCCCGCCCGCGUCCCGGACUUCGCACAAAGCACGUUCCCCACGCAGAGCCCCGGCCGCCCUCAGUCUUUUGUUCCGCGGGGGCUGCCGCUGCCCUUCCCGCGUCGGAGUCUUCCUCCCGGGGUGGCGGGGCCCCGCCGGGCGCAGUCGCGAAGAUGCCCUUGGAGCUAACCCAGAGCCGGGUGCAGAAGAUCUGGGUGCCCGUGGACCAUCGGCCCUCGUUGCCCAGAUCCUGUGGGCCAAAGCUGACCAACUCACCCACGGUGAUUGUCAUGGUGGGCCUUCCUGCCCGGGGUAAGACUUACAUCUCCAAGAAGUUGACUCGCUACCUCAACUGGAUCGGAGUCCCAACGAAAGUGUUUAACGUGGGAGAGUACCGGCGUGAGGCUGUGAAGCAGUACAGCUCCUAUAACUUCUUCCGCCCCGACAAUGAAGAAGCCAUGAGAGUCCGAAAGCAGUGUGCCUUAGCUGCCCUGAGAGAUGUCAAGAGUUACCUGACGAAGGAAGGGGGACAGAUUGCAGUUUUUGACGCUACUAAUACCACGAGAGAGAGAAGGCACAUGAUCCUGCAUUUUGCCAAAGAGAAUGACUUCAAGGCAUUUUUCAUUGAAUCCGUGUGUGACGACCCUACAGUGGUUGCUUCCAACAUCAUGGAAGUUAAAAUCUCCAGCCCGGAUUACAAAGACUGCAAUUCGGCAGAAGCCAUGGACGACUUCAUGAAGAGAAUCAAUUGCUAUGAAGCCAGCUACCAGCCCCUUGACCCUGAUAAAUGUGACAGGGACCUGUCGCUGAUCAAAGUGAUAGACGUUGGCCGCAGAUUCCUGGUGAACAGAGUUCAGGACCACAUCCAGAGCCGCAUUGUGUACUACCUGAUGAACAUCCACGUGCAGCCCCGCACCAUCUACCUGUGUCGGCACGGCGAGAACGAGUUCAACCUCCAGGGCAAGAUCGGGGGUGACUCAGGCCUGUCCAGCAGAGGCAAGAAGUUUGCCAGUGCCCUGAGCAAGUUUGUGGAGGAGCAGAACCUGAAGGACCUCCGUGUGUGGACCAGCCAGCUGAAGAGCACCAUCCAGACAGCCGAGGCACUGCGACUCCCCUACGAGCAGUGGAAGGCGCUCAACGAGAUCGACGCUGGCGUGUGUGAGGAGCUGACCUACGAGGAGAUCAGAGACACCUAUCCUGAGGAGUAUGCGCUGCGCGAGCAAGACAAGUACUACUACCGCUACCCCACGGGCGAGUCCUACCAGGACCUGGUCCAGCGCCUGGAGCCCGUGAUCAUGGAGCUGGAGCGCCAGGAGAAUGUGCUAGUCAUCUGCCACCAGGCUGUCCUGCGCUGCCUGCUAGCCUACUUCCUGGAUAAGAGUGCAGAAGAGAUGCCCUACCUGAAAUGUCCUCUUCACACCGUCCUGAAACUGACACCUGUUGCUUACGGUUGCCGUGUGGAAUCCAUUUACCUGAAUGUGGAGUCCGUGAGCACACACCGAGAGAGGUCAGAGGAUGCAAAGAAGGGACCUAACCCGCUCAUGAGACGCAAUAGUGUCACCCCACUAGCCAGUCCCGAACCCACCAAAAAACCUCGCAUCAACAGCUUUGAGGAGCAUGUGGCUUCCACUUCUGCUGCCCUGCCCAGCUGCCUGCCCCCGGAGGUGCCCACGCAGCUGCCCGGACAACCUUUGCUAGGGAAAGCCUGUCUAACAUGAAAAGCAAUGGAGCUUCCAGUAAACCCUGAAGACGAUGCAUCAGUUCCAUUCCAUUUCCAUUUCUGCUGCUUGGCUUCUGCCCUCCUGUCUACCUGAGACCAAAUGAUGCCAAGGACUUUUCUGGACUGGGGUGAGGUAGGGGAGCAGGAGAGUCUGCUGCACCCCCUCUUGCCCCCCACCAGCAGUGACUAUGGAGACACCGGAAGGCCAUGGGGUCCCCGCUUCCUGUGGCAAGUGGCAGACCUCCUCGUCUUCUGCUCUCUUGGGGCUUCCAGGGAUAUCUGGCCUUCAGCUACCUCCCAUGAGGCUUGGGGGGGGGAGGGUAGAUGACAGAAGGCCUGGAGAAGGGACACAGAGUGCCACUGUGCAGUUUUGUUUUAUUUCUGUGAUUCUGGCCUGACAUGGUGAUAGCCAGGGCCACCAGGUUGGCAAUCUUGGAACUGAAUAAGGGCUGGGUUUUAGUGGUCGAAGGCUAGGAGAUGUCGGGAAGCCUUUACCUAGCUAUUUUUAUGCAUUGUGGGACUGGGGAAAUGUCCCUGGAGAAGAAGAGACUUGGGGACUUCUGUCUGAGAGAGAUCCCUCGGGAAAGCUGAGACCUGCUCGUCAACUGAGCAGUACAUGCCCAGCUCUCACACGUUUUUUGCAGCCCUGAGUUAAGGACAGACCGGCUACCUGAGUGGAAGGAAGAACUGUGGAUGUGAUCAUUGGGGUCUCCUUUCCCAGGGAGCUCUAGGGGUCCCUGGGUUUUCCUACCUGGAUCUGGAAGCACCUGAGCCAAUUGUUCUCCUGGAGCUGUUCGCAUUGCACUUUUUUCUUUUCUUUCUUUUUAAUUAUUAUUAUUAGUGUGUGUGUGUGUGUGUGUGUGAAGUGAAAGUCACACCUUGACUUGGAACUUGGAUGCUAGAAUAUGAGAAGCUGAGCAAGCCCCAGAGUGGGAUGAAGCCGGAACCUUCCAAUCAUCACAAGACUUAACUGUGUGAGAAGACACAGAGAAGACCUGAUCUCCUCUCAUGUUUCUCAGAAGGGAGGGGAUGGUCCAAGUUAGGCCUCCCUCCGGGGACACAUUCUCUGCGGGCUGCCCCCGUGCUUCUGUCAAGUGUCCGCUGUGUGUCUAGCACCGUGGUGGGGUGCUCAGGAGUGUAGAGCACCUUUUCCUUGCUGUCCUGGUGUUGUAACAUGCGGAGCAGGGGUUGAAAGUAUGGCCUGUGGGACAGGUGGGUGGAAACACCCAUGGCUUCUGCUCACCAGUGCCUCCUCCUUUGUCAUUUCAAAUUCCAGGGCGGUGGAGGUGGCGGGGUGGAAUGUCAGAAAUUUAGGGAAAGAAAAAAAUUGAAAACUCAGCAAUACAGUUUUCCCAAAUGACCCUUUUAAGGAUAUCUCAUGUGGUGCCAAAAGUCACUUUAUGCCUUCUGCUUGUGAGGUCUGGCAUCCUGGGGUGAGGGUUGGAGUAGGGGUACAGACACAUGACGCUUGCAGUGGAGAGAUGAGUUAUUUUAUUUGUGCUGGUCCCUGGGCUUGAACUCAGGGCCUGGGCACUGUCCUUUAGCUUUUCUACUUAAGGCUGAACCUCUGAGCUGCAGCCUACUUCUGGCUAUUGUGGUUAUCUGGAGAUAAGAAUCUCAUGGGCUUCCCUGCCUAGGCUGGCUUCAAACUACAGUCCUCAGAUCUGAGCCUCUUGGGUAGCUAGGGUUACAGGUAUGAGCCACCAGCAUCUGGCUCUGUGUUUUGAAGGAGUUUAAGAAUAUACAUUUCUCUAGAUGGGGCUAGAUGGGGCACAGAAAUAUUCUUCAGAUACCCUGCAAUAAAGGUUGUAUGUUUUCCACACUAAACAUUCAAAUUCUCCCCACUAGCCCCACCCCUCUUUGAAUGGACAGUCCAGUGAGUCCUGGCAGACUGCUGAGUGUGCACAUGCACGUGAAAUGUGCGGCUGGCUGUAUUCUGAGAUCAGAGGCACUGGUAGUCUGUGUGUGU